AGAACGAAAGUUAUUUAAAUAGCAAUUAAAUUGUAUUUUGAAAAUUCGUUAUUAAACUGAUUAUCAAUUGAAGUCUUAUUAAGAGAUUUGUUUCAAUUAGACUAUAAUUCAGAGAUAAUAGUUGAGUGCUGUCUGUAAUACACAUCAAAAAUGCCGAUUAUUUCAGAUAAGUUGAAAAAGGCCACAAAAAAGGCCGAAAAGGAAGAACAAAAGCGCAAAGAAGAGGAAGAACGUCGACUGAAAGAGGAACAGGAAAAGAAAGAACUGGAAGAAAAAGAAGCUAAAGAACGGGAAGAACAAGAAAAGAAACAAAAGAAAAUGGAAAAACUUCAGAAACGAAAGGAACGACACGACAAACACAAGAAAGAUAAGGACGAGAUGGAGAAAAAGACAAUUAUGAGGAAAGAGAUGGCUUUAAUCAAGAGAUCAAUGGCUGCCAAACCCAUCAAAGAUGAAGAUAUGCUUCAACGCCAAGGAUAUCAAAUACUCAGAACUGAAGUCAAAUCGGGUCACUAUAGCCGUGUAUAUCGUGCUAAACAAGACAAAAACGAGUCAGUAAUUUGUAAAGUCGUUAUUCUAGAGAAAGUACCGAACGAUUAUCGACAAAACUUGUUGGAGUCGGCCGUCAAGAUUCAGCGUUAUAUUGGAUCAAAUGCUGAAGAGAGUGCCAACAAAGAUACGCCAAAAAAGGAUACUAAAGAAUCCAAAGAAUCCAAAGAAAGCAAAGAAGCUAAAGAAGGUGACGCCACACAAACCGGUGCUGAUGCCAGUGCCGCCCCUACUAAUGGAGCAAAACAUGCAAAUCUGGUCAAAGUUUAUGACAUCUUUGCCACAGACAAAAAGGUAUACAUAUUUCAAGAAGAAUGUCUUCCACAAUCUGUCUUUGAAAAGUUUCGUAAAAGUGAAACAGUUGAUGAAAAUGAGGUCAAGAAGAUUGUCAAAGACUUGGCCCAGUGUAUCAAAUACCUUCAUUCUGUAGGUGUGGCCCAUUGUAACAUUUCCAUCAGUCACGUCAUUCAAGACAAGCAAAAUCAACUAAAACUUGUUGGUCUUAACAAAAGCUGCUUCUACUGGGACUCAGAUUUGGAGGCUAUUAUCCCGAAAAAGAAGUUAUCAAAGAAAGACUUUGAAAAGAACAAUCAUUUGCCGCCCGAAGUAUUUAAAUCUGAGACUUGGGAUCCAUCACUGGCUGAUGUCUGGAGCUUUGGUGUUGUUUUAUGUCAAUUGUUGGCCAAAGAAAAUCCCUUCAAAAUGAGUUCGCAAUCGUUUGAAGAACAGUGGAAAGCAUUCGCUGAAAGCAAACAAUUUUCAGAUGAAGCCAAACAACUAUUGGACCGAAUCUUUGUAGAAGAUCUCCAAAAGAGACCCAAUAUGUGGGAUCUGAUCAGCGAUUCCUUCUUCAAGAGUGUUUCAUAAAAGCAAUCACACAAUUGGCUAUAUGUUCAGCAAAUUUCAUUUU